GCAGCACUGUGAUUGGCUGAUUUGUGCAGCAACGCUAAGGGCGUGAGAGCGCGUCAGGCGGGAAGUCGCGUACGGGAACGCGACUGCCACUGCUUAAUGCCUUCACUUUCCGCUCUCACCAACCUCGACAGUUCGACUGCACUCAUACUACGCAUAACCACAUCCUCCUCGAUUCAACCCUCCUCCUCCAAUUGUCGAUCCUUUCAUACUAUGCUCCGGUAGCUAUCACUUGUAAAUGGCCCUCACUGCGGUGCAGACCGCAAUGAAUCUGGAGGAGAAGCAGCACGUGCAUCCAUUCUUUUCCAAAGCCAACAAACACAAUGCGCCUGAGCAGCAACCGCCAGCGAUCGAGCCUGCAGCCGAUGACGCCCACGAUGACCCCGACUACGAGCAACAUGAGAAGGCGGGGAAAGGGCAAAAGAAGCGAGGGCGGAAACCUGGCAGCGCGAACAAGAAGAAAGAGAACCUUGCAGCGAAAAGCCAGUCGCUGAUGGAGAGGUUUACAAAGCCGGCGCGCGGUCAACCUGCUGGAGAAGACGCGCAAGUGGGUACUGAGGCAAUUUCAGAGGAACCAAAUCUAGAGGAAGAUCCGAACCAAGAAAGACGGAAGCGAAGGAAGACAAACUCUCCGUCUCCAACACAGCGUGGUACUCUACCCGACCAGGUCUCUGAAGAUGCGCGACUGGAUUGGGAACAGCAGCUUGAGCUCCAAGCAGGGCUGUCUACAGCACCUCAGACCACACUUGCCAAUUCUGAAAACAUUCCAAACAGCGAUAUCGAAAACGUUCCUGCAAAUGAACACGGUCGACCUGCAAUACCGCCGAACCAUGCCGCGCUCGAACCCAGUACCAAUGGUGCCCAUGGCUUAGUCUCCAAACCAUCGACCAGCAGACCGAGCCCGAAAAAGAAGAUCAAGAUCAGCCGGAGCGGAAAACUUGUGUCAAGUCCUCCUCCAGGGGCAGAGUCGGAAACAACACCCCCCAACAAGCGACGACACCGAAAACCGAAGCUCAAGGCCAUACCGACAGUCACGGUUGUUCGAUACGGACGAAACGCAGAUAGUCGACGCAUUAUCGGCGAGAAAAUCGAGGCAAUUCUCAGGGGCGAGAAACCUACGCUUCGUCCAGUAACACCAAUGAAAGCACCUCUAAAGCCCUCCGGACCGCCCAAACCCACGCAUCCUUUCUUCCUCGGGAAAGCCGCGCCCAAACCCGACGAAGCAGCAAGUGAGCAAGUUGUAGUCAACCAGCCUUUGCCAUCUCCAGGAGCCCAUAAAAAGAGUGCGGUGACACCCGGAAAGCUCAAGCUUGAGAGCCGAGGAUUCCACUCCUCGGUCGGCCCGCCGGCCUUUGGAGAGAGAAUUAAUCGCCAUCCAAAACAAGCUGGCCUGAUUGAUGCGGCAUGGCCGGCGAAGGACAUUGCACACGUUCGCAAUCUGGACGUCGCUCCAAUAGAGCACUCAACAUCGCUAGGAAUGCCUCUUCUGAAAGCUCGCAAACUGAAAAAUAGGGUUAUCGCAGUCUCAGCGGAAGAGAAUUUGAUAUCGAGAUUGGCAGCACAGCUGGAACCGUCAAUUCACAAGCAUGACGACGCAACUCAAUUCGAUUUCGCACCGCCCGAGGAUGUGCGCCUGCCCACACGCUUGCUGACCACGGGGGUCAACAUACAAGAAAGGAUCCGCACACAAAUUGCGUCACUUUCAACCUCAUCGGAACGGGGAAUCAGCGCUCACCCGGCAGUUAGCGCACUCUUCGCUGGCAUCCAGGACAAUCUAACGGCGUUUGAUCUAGGCAAAUGCGAACCUCUUGCUUGGGUCCAGAAGUACGCCCCAAAAAUCACCUCGCACGUUCUACAGCUUGGCAAAGAGCCUGCAACGCUGAAGGAUUGGUUGCAAAACCUUACUGUUCUGGCUGUAAGUGGAAAGCACUCCGGUGAGAAAGCUGUUGGAAAGCCACCCAAAAAGAAGAGAAAGACUGUCCAAGAUGACUUCAUCGUCGAUAGCGACGAAGAGGAAGAGGAGGAAAUGAUUGAGAUAUAUCAGGAGGACUCGGAGAACCAUGAAACGACUUUCGCGCCGGCCUCUGAAAGACGAGCUCGUUGGACCCGGAACAAGAACGUUGUGCUCAUCAGUGGGCCGCACGGUUGCGGAAAGAGUGCUAUGGUCCAGGCUGUGGCCAAAGACCUGGGUUUUGAGAUAUUCGAGAUUCACUCCGGCAGCCGCCGUUCCGGCAAAGAUAUCCAAGACAAGGUCGGCGAUAUGACUGCGAACCAUCUAGUUAGCCACAACCGGAGCAGGACACUUGCGAGGCCAGAAGCGACACCAGCGGAUGACACUGAUACUGAACGUCAUAGCGAUGCUCUGCAGAAAGAUCUGAAUAGUGGACGACAAGGCACUGCAAUGUCCUUCUUCAAAUCUAAGGGCCCAGUUGCGGAGAAUCCAAACCCGAAAAUGAAGCCAAAAGAACCCACGCAGAAAGCAACGUUGUCCGGACAGGCUACUCUACCACUUGGCCAGUCGCAACGCCAAUCGCAGAAACAGUCGCUAAUUCUAUUUGAGGAAGCUGAUAUCCUGUACGAUGAAGACCAAGGAUUUUGGACGCAAGUGACGAAACUGGCAUCCCACUCAAAGCGACCGAUCAUCAUCACCUGUACAAAUGAAACUCUCAUUCCAAUGCAUGAACUCCCCCUGGCCGCGAUUCUGCGGGUGUCGCCCCCUCCCGUGUCCCUCGCGACCGACUACAUGGUCGCAAUGGCAGGCCACGAAGGCCAUAUUCUGGGGCGGGACGCCGUUUCCGCCCUCUAUCGAUUGAAGAAUUGUGAUCUCCGAGCCAGCAUUACUGAGCUCAAUCUUUGGUGUCAGAUGUCCGUUGGCGACCGGAAGGGUGGGCUGGAGUGGAUCUACCAACGAUGGCCACCCGGCAAAGACGUGGAUGAGAGCGGCCGACCGCUUCGCGUAGCCAGCGAAGGGACGUACGUGCCGGGCAUGGGCUGCCUUUCUCACAACGUGUUUCAGUCUCAUGAUCACGUCGGCUUCGACCGCACGGAGGAGCUUCUCGUGGAGACGUGGGAAGAAUGGGAUGUCAAACCCAACGAAUGGAGUGGUCACUAUGCUGUCGGAUCUGUAUCCGAGGACCAGAGCAGAGGUAGAGUGGAUGAGCUCAGACGCCUCGAGGCCAUUAUAGACUCUACCAGCGCGACCGACGUAUUCUGCUUCGCUGGAAUGCCGUCUUACGCGCACUACUUUGAAGAACGCACUGAUCCAUCGUUGCCGCGUCUCACCGACAAAGCUCGUAUGAAUUACACCCUUGCCGCGCCGGUGCUGCAGGUUGACCAUACAACCGACUUUAGCCACUUCGAUACAAGGAUGCUUACCCAAACUCAACUGCAGAUCCAACGCGCCUACGGCGGAGGGCCAAUUCCUGACGCGAGACAAGCCAUGUCUAUCCCCGAUACCGAGCAAGCUUUCACCUCUGCCAUCCUCGCCCACAAAGCCCGCCAAGCCCAGGAAACCCAGCUGUCACGCCCUGAUUUCUCCCGCGCAUUCGACCUCCUCGCCUUCCCGCCUGAUUCACUCCCCGCGCUCGGCACCUCGUACAACCUCACGGCCUCGUCCUUCGACCGCACCUUCCACAUCGUCGCUGAAGAUCUCGCGCCAUAUGUCCGGAGCAUUGUCGCGAGCGAGCUUCUUAUCGAGACGCAGCGCAUUCGUCUGGGUAAUCUGCUUUCAGAGGGUGGUAGGAGCGGAAGUAAGAGACAGAGGACGACCAGGGCAGCGCGCACAGCGCUCGAGGGCGGAUCGAGAGACACGAAGAGGAGGGAGAGGUGGUUUGGCGCAGAAGUGAAUCGCACGCUGGUGAUGGGUACGGCAGGAGAUGGAUGGGCUGGUAUGGGAUUUGGGGAGCCGGCGGCGGAGGGGAGCGAGAGUACGAGUGUAGCUGGUACACAAGAGGGGAGCGAGAGCGUAAGCUUGCCGGAUACACAGGAGUAGUUGGGAAGUUCUUGUAGAUGUGCAUCUGAUGGGUCGGGUAGCAUUGCAUUGGGAUGAGGAGGGGGGUUAGAAGGCAGGCUCAGCAAGAAUUUGGCGAUUGGAAUGGGUAUCAUGAUAUCUAUCAAUUAUGCA